AUGGAGUUGGGAUACAGUAUAAACAGCGGCCACAGGAACACUCUUCACUGGGAAGACUACCUUGUAUUUGGCUGUACCCUCCUCAUCCCAGCAUGUGUCGGGCUCUACCAUGCUCUCAAAGACAGGAAGAAAAACAGCCCAUCGGACUUUCUGGUGGGCAACCGUCAGAUGGGCACCGUUCCUGUUGCUCUCUCUGUGACGGUGACGUUUCUAUCGGCGUUGACGUUGCUUGGGAUGCCGGCCGAAGUCUACAUCCAUGACACAAUGUUCUGGUUGCUUGCUCUAGGCAUGAUCUUAGCUGUUGCAGGAGCGGCGCAUCUGUUUAUACCCAUUCUGUACAGACUCGGAGUCACAAGUGUUUAUGAGUACUUUGAACUGAGAUUUGGGAAGCGAGUACGGAUAUUGGCGUCUCUUAACUGGAUUCUGCAAGUGCUGCUCUACAUGGCUUUCGUACUGUAUGCCCCCUCACUGGCGCUCUAUUCAGUGACUGGGUUUAACCUCUGGCUGUCCAUCUCAACCGUAGGGGUCAUCGUGACCAUCUACACUGCCCUGGGCGCUGUGGCUGAGCUCAAUAGGCCUGGUGUUAAUUCAACUGACCUUGUCAGCACGGUGACAGGGCUGCUCAUCCAUGCCUUCUACAGGGACUGUGACCCCCUCAGAUUCCAGGAACCUCAUCCACAAGUUCAGAUGAGGUGA